CAGGCGGGUGCGCGGGGCAUGGAGCGAUGAAGGCCAUGGAGGGAUACCUGGGCUUCUUGGGUCUGCUAGUGUCCGCGCUGCUCGUCGGCUUCCUGGCUGUGCUCUUCACCCUCGUCUGGGUCCUUCAUUAUCGGGAGGGGCUCGGCUGGGACGGGGGCUCCCAGGAGUUUAACUGGCAUCCGGUGCUGACUAUCACCGGCUUCGUCUUCAUCCAGGGCCUCGCAAUUAUCGUCUACAGACUGCCCUGGACCUGGAAAUGCAGCAAACUCCUGAUGAAAUUCAUCCAUGCUGGGCUAAAUACCGUUGCUCUGAUCCUUGCAAUUAUCUCUCUGGUUGCUGUUUUUGACUUCCAUAACACCAAGAACAUUCCUAACAUGUACAGUCUGCACAGCUGGAUUGGACUGAUUGCUGUCAUAUUUUACGCCUCACAGCUUCUCCUAGGUUUUUUAGUAUUUCUGCUUCCUUGCACUCCCCCGGCUCUCCGAGCAUUUCUUAUGCCAAUCCAUGUUUAUUCUGGUCUGCUCAUCUUUGGAACAGUGAUUGUAACAGUACUUACGGGAGUGACAGAGAAAUUGAUUUUUACCUUGAAAAACCCUGAAUAUAAAACAUCACCACCAGAAGGUAUUUUUGUCAAUACCCUUGGCAUUCUCAUUCUGGUGUUUGGUGCUAUCAUUUUCUGGAUAGUCACUAGGCCUCAGUGGAAGCGUCCCACAGAACCAAAUGCUAAACUUCUUCAGCCAAAUGGAAGUACUCCAGAGGGCACUGAUUAUUCCAUGACAGGAGACUUUGGCAAUGUGGACAAAUCUGACGAGGACAGUGAAGCAGUGGCAAGAAAAAGAAACCUCAAACUUGAUGAGGCUGGACAAAGAUCAACCAUGUAAAGGGUUAUUUGUAUGUUGUCUUAUAAUCUCAUUUUAAAACAUCUCUGGCUCAGUCAUAUCUAGAUACAAAAAGCCUUUCUAUUCAGCUAUAAAACCCAUUGAAUUUUAUACUUUCUCUUUAUUCUAACUAAAUGUACUAAGCAGCAUUGUUAAAAAUAUCAUAUGGUGUGGUAGGGGGCCAGAACUGAUGUGAAAUGAAAGAAUGUGAUCAAUUUGCGUAGGAUCAUGGGAGCUAACACAUAAUAACUUUUUUCUUUCUAAGAACCAAAGACCCAACCUUGUACCUUUUUGCAUCCCCCUUCUCUCUCCUCCCAGGGCUUGGCGAAGUGUCUUACACACAGCUUGUGCUCAGUUAAUUUCAUUGACUAGAAGCAUCCCUGCUCUUAAACUAUACCCCAGUGUCUGCCAUCCUCAGCUUGUUCUCAGCCCUUCUGAGCUCUGACACUACACAAGACUGAAGGAUCUAUAUCAGAGGCUUCAAACUCAGGCUUCAAACUCAGAGCAUUUUCUUGAAUGCUCUCACAGUGGAUAGAAGGCUGGACCUGGAGUCAGGAAGACCCAAGUUCCUAUCUAGCCUCUGACUCUUUACUAGCUGUGUUACUCUGGACAAGUCACUUAACUUCGGACUGCCUCUGGUUUUUCUAUUAUAAAAUGGAGAUAACAGUAAUACCUACCUCACCCAAUUGUUGUGAGGAUCAAAUGAGAUAAAACGUGUAAAAUGCUUCAGUGCAAUACCUAGAAUUAGUGCUUAAUAAAUACUUGUUCCCCCACACA